AUGUUCAUUUUUUUGCUGUCCUUCAUAUCGUACGGUCUCCUAUCAUGCGCAUCACAACACGUUCACGAUCAAUCGUUCACGCCUACUUAUGUGCUUCGGGCUACGGCCCAGAACAUAACCAUCGACUGCGAAUCACGUUAUUCCGUUGUGAUCAAUGGCACCGACCCAGGACCGACACUUCGCUUGCGAGAAGGCACCACCCAUUGGAUAAGGGUCUUCAAUGAUAUUCAUGACCAAAAUUUUACCAUACAUUGGCAUGGAUUGUCUCAGCGCACCGCUCCGUUCUCAGAUGGCACUCCUCAAGUUGCACAAUGGCCAAUUGCUCCUGGUCGUUACUUCGAUUACGAAAUAAGACCAGAGAUUGGAGAUGCCGGCACCUACUUUUACCAUUCUCAUGUUGGUUACCAGGCCAUUUCAGCACAUGGAGCGUUGAUCGUUGAGGACUAUGAAAAACCUCCUUACGAUUACGUGAAAGAUUUUACGCUGCUGAUGGGAGACUACUACAACCAUACAGAUGAAGAAAUCGUUUCCGGUCUCGAGGCUGAUCCUUUUGAUGGAGCUGGACCGGUUCAUGCCAUUGUUAUCAAUGGACAGACAGGAAAUACCGGACUCGCGCAUGCGAAGGACAGUUCAUGUGCUCCACUUGUGAUCAAGGUAUCGCCCAGCAAGACAUACCGACUAAGGUUCAUUGGAGGCGGCGCAAAAACGAUUGUGACGCUCGGUAUCGAAGAGCACACGGACCUCGAAGUCAUCGAGGCUGAUGGCGCAUACACAAAGAUGGUUACUACUGAUCAUGUGAAUGUUGCUCCAGGGCAAAGGUUCAGUGUAUUACUCCAUACCAUGUCAGAGGCCGAACUGCGAGCUACUAACCGGUCCACGUUCUGGAUUAGUUUCGAAAAUCGAGAGCGACGCCAAGAUUGGUUUGGUUACGCCCUUCUGCAGUACGAAUCCUCGAACGAAGUACUACCACAGGAGCUCCCAGUCAAGUCACCUGUGACUUUGCCAGAGACAGUCUACGAUUGGAUGGAGUAUGCUCUUGAGCCCCUGGAUCAUUCCCAACAAGAUGAGUUUCCCCGCAUUUCUACACGGACUCUACACAUUCGUGUUGCACAAACGGGGCUUUGGGACGGGAAAAAGUUCACAACUGCUUCUCACUGGGCAAUGAACAAUGUUUCCUGGACUGAGGAUAUCCCACGGUCCCCUUACAUGAUUGAUAUUUACAAGAAGGGUGAAGCAGCGAUACCCAAUUACGAAGCUGCGUUGUCAAACGGCGGCUGGGAUCCCGCAAAUCAACUGUUUGUAGCGAAGAUUGGUGAGAUCAUUGACAUUAUCUGGGACAACAGCAACAGUCCUGCUACGCAAUACCAUACACAUCCCCUCCACGUUCACGGUGGGCAUGUCUGGGAUAUCGGCAGCGGGAACGGAACCUACGAUCCUAUAGCCAACAAUAAGAAGUUGGAGGGCUUCACACCUGCGAAGCGCGAUACAACCCUUCUGUAUCGUUAUUCUUUCGACGGCGUUGCAAACAGUACGGUUGGUUGGAGAGGAUGGAGACUUAAGGUCGAGGACGCUGGAGUGUGGCUAAUGCAUUGCCAUAGCUUACAGCACAUGGUUAUGGGGAUGCAAACCGUUUGGGUGAUGGGUAAUGCCUCUGAGAUAACCGGGUCUUACCCACAGCCAUACAUAUCUGGUUAUCUUGACUACGGAGGCUCGGCAUACGGAAAUGCUACGUACGAUCCUCUUGUCACACACUUCUUUCCCCAGGAUUGA